AGGAAAAAGCUAAACAAAUUUUUGGUGAAGAAUAAAAAUGCAUUCCGAGCAAGCGAUGGAUGGUUUACUAAAUUUAAAAAGCGACACGGCAUUCGUUUUUUAAAAAUUGGUGGCGAGAUUCUUUCUAGUGAUAUUGCCUCCAUCACUCCAUUUAUUCACAGAUUCCGUGCAAAAGUCACUGAGAUGGGGUUAAUAGAGUCGCAAUUAUAUAAUGUGGACGGAACCGGAUUAUUUUAUCGUUGCCUACCAGAUAAAACAUAUGUCUCUGCUUGUGAAAAAAGUGCGCCUGGAUACAAAAUUCAAAAAGAACGAAUUUCAAUUUUACUUGGUUCAAAUGCUGAUGGGUCUCACAAAUUAGUGCCCUUAGUUAUUGGAAAAGCUAAAAAUCCCAGGAGCUUCAAAGGUUUUAAAAAUCCACUUCAUUACAACUUUUCCAAAAAUGCUUGGAUGACGUCUCGGAUCUUUCACGAUUGGUUUCACAAGAUAUUUAUUAAUGAAGUCAUCCAGUUUUCUCAAAAAAAUAACUUGCCUCCGAAGGCUCUUUUGCUUAUCGAUAACUGCUCCGCGCAUGCACCGAUUGAGCAUCUUCAAAGCAAAGAUGGCAACAUAGUUGCAUAUUUCUUGCCGCCAAAUGUGACAGCAGCUGUGCAACCAAUGGAUCAAAAUCCCAUAAAGUUAACAAAACUUGUUUACAGAAGUAAAUUACUUGCUGAAAUAAUAGCUGAAGGUGGUGCACUGAAUAGUCUGUUGAAAUCCCAUUCCAUCCGAAAGGCAAUAAUAUUUCUGAAACAAGCUUGGGAUGAGAUAACUCCAAAAGUGAUGAGGAAUUCUUGGUCAAAGUUGCUAAAUUGGGACUCUGACCAAUACGACAGCGAUGAUGAUGUGCCACUAGCAGAGUUGCUUAACAAAAAUGAGAACUGCAAUGAAUCUCUCCAAGUAAAUCAAACUCUUUUAGCAGAAAUUGAUCCAAACAGUUUCAUGUGUAUUGCUGACAUCGAGAAAUGGAAUGAAGAUGAGUUUGAAGACCGAACUGGUGAUGACCUAAGUAGCGAUGAUGAGUUUUCUGAUAGCAGUGAAGACGAUGUUGUUGAUGACACAUCAGUUAUCUCAAAUGUUAUAGCUAUUGAAAGCGUUAACAAUUUAAUAAAUUGGUGCAACAAGAGUGAAUUGUCUUCCAGUAAGCACAUGACCAAUCUAUUGGCCCUCCGUAACGAUAUUGUCAUAUCGGAUUUAAAGAAACCAAAAAAACUAACAAAUAUUACUGAUUAUAUGUCAAACAAAAAUUAAUUUUGAA